AUGAAUGGAGCAAAAGGGCUUCCUCCAGGGGUCAAAAUGCUUGAAAUGAGCAAAUCUGUGAGAAAUGUAUUUGAAGGGGGACUCAUUAGUAAUACUCAGAAGAGUAAUAAAAUUUUAACGGCAUUGCAAUUUGCUUACGUGGUUUUUGUUUCUGUCUUUGGAGGAUUGGCUUCUCUUUUCAGUAGCUACCUUAUGUUUCCGGCAGAUGACGACUUUGUCAAGGAAGAAAAAGUUUUAGACAUCGAAACGGUUGCAGAAAACUGUAAUGGAUUAUUCCCAACAAUUUCAAACUCCUCAAUAAACAACUCAGCAGACUCUAACAAUCCUCAGCUUUGUUCUACUCGAGAAAGCACAAAGUUUUCCGUCUACCAAAAUGAGAAUGGUGAAAUCGAAUGGCAAGUAACGGAUGAUUCUGGAAUUAGAGAACGAGUCACCAAUGUUAACGAGUCCAGUAACUUAUCUCCGACACUCUCAAACUCUUCAAAUAGCGAUUCCAUUAUAUCUAAUGAAUUUGGAAAGAGGGAAGACAAGGGUGAAACGCCUACAAACUACAGCUUGUCUCUGUUUUCUUACGACGAAUGUGAUAGAAGGAAUAUUUCUAGUCAAGAAGACCUGGAUGAUAAGGUGCAUCAGUGUCCUCAUUGUGAUACCGUUUUCAAAAUCAGGGGCUAUUUAACUCGUCACAUGAAAAAGCAUGCUGUAAAGAAGGCUUACUCGUGUCCAUUUCACAAAUUCAGCACUUACGUUGAUGAGAACAAUGUCACGCAUAGAUGUCAUCCGACUGGAGGCUUUUCCAGAAGAGACACAUACAAGACUCAUUUAAAAACGAGACAUUUUGAGUAUCCAAAAGGUACCAAAACUAAGGAAAGGUCUCAAACUGCGGGAAAUUGUUCCAUGUGUGGAGCAUUCUUUCAAAAUGCUGAAAUAUGGGUAGAGAUUCAUAUUGAAGGGGGAGAAUGUAAGUAUUUACCGCCAGGAUUCAAAGGUAAAUCACGGAUUAAGAACAGACUUAAAAGAGAGAUGAGUAGAAGGCAAAAGGAGUUGAGCUCUUCAACUCAUGACGUUGUUGAUUUUACUACUCCAAUCAUUGAUACUCCGUAUUCAUACAGUUCUUCUACACCAGGUCAAGUUAAUGCCAACAACAUUUCUUAUAAUAUUCAACCACUAUCUAAUUCACCAACCUUGUCAACAAGCUCCUCCCUGAAUGGCCAGUGCAACCCCAGCAGUACAACACCAUAUUCAAACGACUCUCCUUUAAAUCAAAAUCAAUUUAAUUCUCAUCAGACUCAUUCAAAUUACUUGGUCUCGAAUUUUAUACGACCGUCAGAACAUACAGUUUCUAACGGUAAACAAAUUGUUCAUGGCGGUGAAGAUUACGAUGAUGACUUUUGUUUGGACAUUGACCAAUUGCAUAAUCCCGGUUUCAAUUUUACUAACGAAUUAAUGAAUUAUAUGGCCCCUAUGCAUCCGAAUUCCUUAGUUGAACAACGCCAUGAGUAUCAGCAAAUGAAUGCACAAAGGAUCAACAGCAAACCUUUUUAA